AUGAGUAAGGGGGUUGAUAGAGCAAAUGUUCAGAUUGAGAAUAACGUUGUACUUGCAAAUGAAAGUGGUCAUCGUCGUUACAGAAGCGUUGAUGAAAUUAAACAGUACUUAGAUUGUCGAUAUUUAUCGCCAAUUGAGUCAUGUUGGAAGAUAUUUGAUUUCGAAAUGCAGAGACAGUAUCCAUCCGUGAUUAGAUUGCAGUAUCAUCUUCCUGAUCAUCAAUUUGUGAUAUUUAAUGAUGAUAAUCAUUUUUAUGACGUUCUUGAUCGUGAUCACAUACAUGACACGAUGCUGACGAAAUGGUUUGAAAUAAAUCAGAGCCAUGUUCCAGCUAGAAACUUGACGUUUGUGGAGUUUCCGAGUAAGUGGACUUGGAAGCAAAAUAAACGUCAAUGGGAGUCCAGAUUGCAAGGUAGGUGUAUCGGAAGGCUACCAUAUGCACAUUCUCAUUCCGGUGAGCAAUACUAUUUGAGAAUGUUACUGAAUAAAAUUCGUGGUGCACAAAGUUUUGAACAUUUGAGAACUAUUGAUGGAGUUGUGCAUCCAACAUUCAAAGCUGCAUGUGCAGCACUUGGUCUUCUGGAUGAUGAUAAUGAGUGGAAUGAAGCUUUGGCUGAAGCAUCUACAUGGGCAUCUGCCAGAAAAUUACGCAGCAUGUAUUGUACAAUACUUAUGCAUUCUGAGGUAACUAACCCUUAUGCUUUAUGGCAGCGUCAUUGGAAAAGUAUGACAGAUGAUUUGCAAUAUCAGAUCAAAAGGGAUAUGGGAAACUCUCAGAUACGCAUAGAUGAUGGUGAGUUACAAAAUUUGAGAUUAAUUGAACUCGAACUCAUUUUGAACAAAAAUGGUCGAUCGUUACGAGAUUUUCCUCCAAUGCCAUUGCCGUCAUUUGAAAAUGCUCAGUUUUCCAUGAACAGACUUAUAAGAGAAGAGCUCGAUUACGAUUUUACAUCGGAGCAGCAAUUAUUUGAUAAUUUAUAUGCUGGUUUGAAUGAGGAUCAACUGAAAGCAUGUGAGCUUAUUAUGGAAUCAUACACACAUAAUCACGGUGGACUAUUUUUUGUGUAUGGAAGUGGUGGAACGGGUAAAACUUAUUUAUGGAGAACAUUGAUUACUCGAGUCAGAUCGCAGAGAAAAAUUGUUCUUUCAGUUGCAUCAUCAGGCAUUGCUGCAAUAUUCUUACCAGGUGGAAGAACAGCGCAUUCACGUUUCAAAAUUCCUAUUAAUUUGGAUGAGUCAUCAAGUUGUUUAAUCAAUACAAAUUCUAACUUGGCUAAAUUAAUUAGGGAGACAUCUUUGAUAAUUUGGGACGAAGCUCCAAUGGCACAUCGGCAUGGUUUUGAAGCGGUGGAUAGAACUUUAAAGAAUAUCUUAAAGUUGAGUGAAAAUGCUUCUGAGGAUUGUAUUUUCGGAGGAAAAUUGGUUGUUUUGGGCGGUAAUUUUCGACAAAUAUUACCGAUUGUUUCUAAAGGUGGAAGAGAAGCAACAGUAUCAGUUACAAUAAAAGAGUCAACGAUUUGGGAUCACUGUAAAGUACUGCAUCUUAAAAUAAAUAUGCGUGUAAUGAAUUUACGUCUUCCUAAAACUACGUGUCAGCAAUUGAUGGAUUUUACAAAUUGGCUGCUGUCCGUUGGUGAAGGAAAGGUUUCAGCAAUUUCACUUACUGAAUUUGGGGAAUCAAACUGGAUUCGGAUGCCGUCGCAAUUUCUCAUAAAAAAUGAUAGUCAAUCUUUGAUGCGGUUAAUAGAUUCUGUCUAUCCAAAUUUGAGAGAUUCAUACAGAAAUAGCACUUACCUCAAGGAACGUGCUAUUUUGGCUCCAAAAAAUGGUGAUGUUGACAAGUUGAAUGAUAAGAUGCUAUCAAUGCUUCCUGGUCAAUCACGUACCUAUAUGAGUGCUGAUACUUUUUGCAAUAUUGAAGGUGACAUUGUUGAAAUUAAAGAGGGAACUCCCAUAAUUCUUUUGAGAAAUCUCAAUCAGUCAGAAGGUCUUUGCAAUGGAACACGGCUUGUCGUUACCAGAAUGGGGGAUAAACUUCUCGAGACAGAAGUCAUAACAGGAUCUAAUAUUGGAGAUUUAGUACUCAUACAUCGGAUCUCUUUAACACCACAGAGUACACGGUCUCCUUUUCCAAUUAAAAGGAGUCAAAUUCCUGUGAAAUUGGCAUUUGCAAUGACUAUCAACAAAAGUCAAGGCCAAACCUUGAAAAAUGUUGGCGUUUACCUUCCUGAACCCGUGUUUUCACAUGAUCAACUUUAUGUUGCUCUGUCCCGUGCUACUUCGCCAGAUGGAUUGAAAAUACUCAUUGUUAAUAGAGAUGAUGAUCCAUGGGAUUACAUAAAAAAUAUUGUGAAUCAUCUUCAAUAUCGGCUUGCACCACAUCAGUACCAAUUAUCGUUUGGAAACGAUACGAAGAUAGUGAAUAUUUUAGAUGAUUGUGGAACCAUACCCCGUUUCAAGUUUAAUCUGGUCAAACUAAGAGAUACAGAACAGCACAUGGACAAUGAUGUGCAAUUGAUAGAUGUGGUUGGUUUAGUUGUAUCCGUUGGUUCACACUAUCAAACGUCUAUCAAUGACAAAAUUAAGUGUGACAUACUUUUAGUUGACAAAAGGUUUGAAAAUGAUAAAUGUGCUCAGAAAUUAGUGACGUUGUUGCGGUCGUGCAAUUUUAUAAUAUCCCAAGCAUUGUUGAUAUCAAAUACUAAGAGAAUAUGGAUAUCCGAAUAUGCUGUUAUCCCCACGGAUCCAACCUUCAUCGAAAUGAUCGUUUAUAAUAAUGGAGAUGUUUUUAUCAUAUAUUGA